AUGUCUACAAAGUUCCUUACAUGGUCCAAAGGACAAUCGUAUUCGAGCAAGGUGGACAGGAAAUAUGCGUCGUCUGGAACAGUCCCGAUCCCAAUCGAAUACAUCUCUAUCAAAGGAGUGGACUACGGACGGAGCGAUAAGCGAUCAAGUAAAAUGAAGCGGAAGCCGAUUCCGCUCGAAUUCGAAAAGCCAGAGCAUAGCAAUACGAACUCUUUCGCCCUUCAUGAUGCCGCUAUCAGAUCUGCAACGACCCUUAUGGCUGUCAUGAACGACGUUCUCAAGAGUCCACACCUCAACGCACACUUUCUCUCGCAGCAAUCUGGCGAGGCUCAACCCGUACGAGGCAGACCGCGCUCCCAUACAGCACCUCCAACGCCUUUGUCUGAGGCGCCUGGUAUAGAGCCAGUUGAAUUGGAAGGAUCUCUUCCCGUGUGGCCAAAGCCUUUUUAUGGUGCUCGCUCAUCCAUGGACAUUACGGCAUCAUCGAGGCACGGAUCCACGGGUCGCUCGAUGGAGCGCUCACACAGUAGCCCACAGAAUUCCUCAUACACCUUCCAUAAUGGCAAUCGACAGCCAACACUCGUUGCCACCCGUAAUGCAAUAGAUGUACGCGCAGUGGUGGCCCAGGCUCAGCACGCGAGACAUAGUAGUACUUCUGCAAGCGAACGAKACACAACUUGUGGACCAUCUUCAUUAGCGCCGGAGAGCACAGAAUCUUGCGCUACAUCAGACAUCGGUCACGGGCCUUAUUAUGAGGAGUCUAAGUUUCCCGACGCUUGUGCCACUGCUCUUGAUGGUAGAGAGAGCACCGAAAUUCGCCCAUCCGUGCAGCCGAUCAGCAAGACAUGGCAAGGCCAGUCCCUUCUACGAUCCGAUUCAAACGCCCUACUGCACCAAAUCUCCACAGUGCGCAGAUCGCACGAGGCCCAUGUCUCCUCUUUGAAGGAAUCACAUGAUCGUGAAGUCGACUCACACAGAGCGUACAUUGCUUUCUUGGAAAGCUGCUCAGUGAAUCUCUCUGCAGAGCGGAGACCAUCCAAGCAAGGCCUGACCUUGGACACUUCCCACAUCAAUGGCAAAGCUUACGGAUCUCUGGAUGUAAGCGCUUCAACAUCGCUGCAGUCUCUCGAAUCGACGUUGGACGUACAAAGGAGAACGUCAAUCGAAUCCGCAAACGCAGAAGCUGAAGCCUUGAAACGAAAGCUCAGCUUGUGCCGUAAGACGCAAUCAGAGAUUGGCGACAUUCGACGUGAGCGCGAUCAUUUCAGGGACACGAAUGAGAAAAGCGAACGUCGAAUUGCACAGCUCAAGGACAUUGUACGGAAGAGCAAAGAUGCUGAAAAGGCGAUGAUGAACAAAGUACAGAGUCUGGAGGCUGCCUUACUGGCAGCGAAUGUCCAGCGAAUCGAUGUGCUGGAGGGCUAUCAUGAGGCUUGCGAGCAGAUACGCGGCCUCCAUGACAGAAACUUGGUCAUGAUCAAGAAAUUGGGCGAGGUAGUAAGACACUCAAAGCCUGCAAAUUCGCCUGACCAUGUUACUCCAGCCCAUGGUGCGGCCGAGACAAUCGGUGACGCAUCUGCCGAUCUGGAAACACUUGCUCGGCAGGUAGAGGACUUGCAGCAACUCCUCYCCGAGAGAGAUGCUUGUAUCCGGGAGCUCGAGUUGGAACGCAGGACCAACGUUUCAAAAGUCGAAAUGUGCAGGAUAAAGAAGCAACUAGCUGACACAGAGGCCGUUCGCGUUCAGUACAAUACGCUGCUACACGCUGAGCUUCGACGACAGUCUAAGAUGGCUACUUUGAACAUCCAUGCUGGGACACCCCAGGYAGAAGAAGAAGCAUCAGCUACUAUAGCCGAGAAGCUGAAAUCCAAGCCGGGAAGCGAGAACCCAGAGAAGAGGUGCGAGUUCCUCGAGAAAGAACUCAGGCACUGUGUUUCGGAGAUCAUACUGUAUAAAUUGGAUGUUCGAGGAUACAGGCGUGACCUCAAGGCCGCGAACGCCAACAUCAAGACCUUGCAGUCUAACCGGCCCAAUCGUCCCGGUACACCGGACAGUAUGGAGACACACCCGCUCAAAGAGAAGUCUGCGACGCCGCAGAGAAGACCUCGAGCCACGUCUGGCUUAGGCAUCUCUCUGUACCAAUCUAGAACGCCCACGAGGUCACCAGCGAAUUGCUUGUCGACACCGCAACAACAACGCCGAACAAUAGCGAGCCUGCCCUCCAACAACAAUACACCUCUUGAGCUUGACAAGAAAUUACCCAACCCGCCAUCUGCGUCUAGGGAUCCAAGCCCGAACCUUGCGUUAGCACCGCCGGUCGCCAAUCUGAAUCGAGCAGAGACUCUGAGAUCCUUGUCGGAAUCUAUCAUCUCUUCAUAUGCGAACCGAGCGACACCUGAGCAAGAAAACGGUCACAUGCCACCUCUCUCCCGAGGCCGCAGCGCAGAAGCCACUCGAAAAAGCGGUCUGCGGACCGACCCCUACGCAGCGAUUGAUGCUAUUGCUGUUCCGAUCGCGAGAUAUACCCCCGACAUGUUGAAGACCCCUUUCAUGCCGAUGGCAGCGAAGGGAAACGUGAAGGUAUGA